CUCUCUCUCUCUCUCUCUCUCCUCUCUCUGACUUAGCCUAAGCCUCACCCGGGAGAGGAGCCUCUUUGCUCUGCUCUCGGAGCUGCUUUCUGUCACUUCCCCGCCCAUCUGUGCUGUCAGCAGCACCAGCAAAGUUGGCCUCAAACUUGAACAGAUCUGAAGGCUCCAUCCAGCUUCCCGAAGCUCUGCGGGGGCAUCAGGCCGGCUUCAGAGGCCAGGAGAAGCCGACCCCUGUCCUCGCUCCCCUGGGGCACGCUUCAGCCCCCCAGCUGGUGGCCCCCAGUCUGGGCUGAGGAAUGGUAAGCUGAGCUCCCCCUGCAGCCGAGCGUCUCAGCCUGAAGCUGGAGCAACCCCAGACCCAAGCCACCAUGGCCAACCCGGGGCAGCCUCAGUUUCCCUCAGCCCAGGAGCCAGGCACCACCUCACCCCUGGACCUGCCGGAGAUGGAGAAGCUCCUCACAAAGGUGGAAGACAAGGAUGACAAGCCCCUGAAGCUGUCCACGUCCCUCUCGGGGACUCUGGACCUGGAGCAGAACGGCCACGGCCUGCCCUUCAAGGUGGUAUCGGAGGGGUGCCCUGAAGCCACACUCCCCUGGUCGGCCUCUCGGGCCAGCUCUAGGAGGGCGUCCUCCAUUGCCACUGCCUCCUCUGCCCAAGACCAAGAGGUCCCCAAAGAUUACCUCAUCCUUGCCAUCGCCUCCUGCUUCUGCCCUGUGUGGCCUCUCAAUCUGAUUCCCCUCAUCUUUUCCAUCAUGUCCCGAAGUAGCGUGCAACAGGGGGACCUGGACGGCGCUCGGAGGCUGGGCCGCCUGGCCCGGCUGCUCAGUAUCACCUUCAUCAUCAUGGGGAUCAUUAUUAUCAUCGUGGCCGUGACUGUCAAUUUCACAGUGCAGAAGAAAUGACACGGACCAGGGCGCUGUGCUGGCGGAGGCGGCCCUGGGCAGCCCAAGGUCUCCACGCUCCCACGCCCCCUCUCCCGCGGGAGGACAGAACAGGGACGUCCAUGCACUCCCAAAGCACCGACGUGGAGGGAAGCCCCCAGGCCUCCCCACUGUCAGCCCACCUCAGAUGUGAAAAAGCGCCAAGAAUAAUUAAUGGGGUUUAAUCUCCUGGACACGGCCCUGUAUUUGGCCUCCGUGCUCCGGCUGGUUUCUCAUCCCCACCGUCUCCCGGGAUCCACCGCGCCACAUACACUGCCUGCUGGAGGGGGAACCAGCCCCACAGAGGAGACGGAGACGAGAGGAACAGGACCAUGGCAGGAGAGAAGCUGCACACUCCCCACCUGUCUGAGGACCCAGAGUCAAGAUGUGGGACUUGCUCUUUUGUACUUUUCUUUGGGGCGGGGGGACAGGGUGUAAAAAGAGUUAUUUGCA